ACCCUUUUGCUUCUUCUUCUUCUGCUCAACGUUGGUUGAGCCAACUCCUCUCUCUCUCUCAAAGAAUACACAAAACACACUGAGAGCUUUUCAGACAAUGGUAAAUCAACUAAAGGAGAAGAAGGAACAAGUUCAACGACAACAGAAUCUUGACCCUGAGAACCCUGCAACUGAAUCUUCUCGAAUCUUCUUCUGUGGGAGCUUUUGCUCUGCCCUGUCGCGUCUGUUUAGUCUAACAUGUGUGAUCUUUUUGGUCCUUAGCUUCGCAACUCUCCUUUCAGCGAUCUUCUGGCUAUUCCCGCCGCGUCGAUCGCUGCCUAGACACCAUGCUGAUCAUAUAGUUCAUCACAAUGCAUCAGUACAAGCAUGCUUUAGACUCCACAAACCAGCUUCUAAGAUCAUUUCCCAUAAAGGAAAACUAGAGAAGGAUAUCUUUUCAAGUUUAGAUCUCAGGAACCACACCAAGGUGACUGUUCUGUCUCUGCAUCAACCAGGUGCAUCUAACUUCACUGAAGUCAAGUUUGGAGUUCUGCCUGUACUUACUCACCAUACAUUAAGAAAAGACUCGUUAACAUCCCUGCGAUCUUCUUUCGCUAACCUCUUUGCUCAAAGGUCGAGUCUGAACCUAAACAAAUCAACUUUGGGGAAGCCAGCAUCUUUUCAGGUUCUGAAGUUCCCUGGUGGAAUAACUGUGGAUCCUCUGGGACUCGAACCUGUCUCUGGAUUACUAACGCUUAUCUUUAGCUUCACCCUCGACGUUUCCUUGUCCGAGAUACAACACAAAGUGGACCUGCUAAAGAAUCAGCUGGAGCUUGUGUUGCGUUUGGAGCUGUACGAGAGUUUUCGUGUGGUUUUAACUAAUCAUAAAGGGUCUACAAUAUCUCCUCCUGUAACUGUUAAGGGUUGUGUUGUCUCAGCCGUGACAACUAUGGAAAGCCAUAUUCAGCAGAGAUCCAACAAUCUUGCUCAGGCCCCUGCUAAAAACUUCGGUCUAGACAACUCAGUGUUUGGUGAAGUCAAGAAUGUUACUUUCACAGCUUACCCGGAGGGCAAAGUUCUUGACUCAGAUUCUGUAUUGGCACUAACGCCAACUUCUUGACAUGAGCAAACUGGGCAAAAACAGUUUUCUCUUUUCCUUUUUUAGGUAGCUUAAUAUCUCAAUUGGAAAAGGAUGAAAAGUUGUGUGAAUGUUUCUUGUCUUACUUGCUAAGUAGCGGUGAUAAAAUGUAUAAUAAUAAAAGAUUGGUAACUUGUUAAGGAAAAUAACUGCACCACCUUCUCUUCUAAGUGA